AUGACUGACACAACUUCUCCAAAGGAAGCCGAGACAACGGCCAUUGAGCCAAAGGAUGAAAAGAAAGAGGAGGACAAAAUUGAACACAUCAUCAUUCUUUCGACACGUAUUGACUUCAACGAUGUUGUCUUGAUCUGCAAAGGAGACAAAGAGGACUGCUUUAUCCAUUUUCAUGUAGAAAGUGCAGUAUUGGCGUGUGUCUCUUCGCCAUUCGCAAGCUUGCUCACCGACUGCAAAAACGAGAAAGAAGACGCAAACACAAUCAAGACUUUCCUCAAUGUCGUUUACGGCAAACCUGACCUUGCUGUCUGUGAUUCAUUCCACCAUCUCUUCAUGGUUUUGGAAUUGGGUGACAAGUUCUGCGCCACCUUCGUUGUAGACCGAAUGAUCUUCCAGCUUUGCGAAAUCCUUCGCGUAUACGUUGAAGAACAGAAGCCUCUUACCUCCAGGUACAGCAAUGCUGUAAUUCUGAAACUAUUGAGUCUCUGUCGCAAGAUCAACCACAAGCAAGUGCUCGCAUCACAAUUGGCUUUCAAUACACUCAAAAGUACAAUCCUUCGCCAUUGGCAUCAAUAUGUACUAAAAUGUGGUGCAAAAUUUUUCGGUAAAUGCGCUUGUUCAUGUCGAAAUUGCGCAUGCGUUAGCAUGUUUUGUCAUCAAAAUCGAACCUUCGAUGAUAAAUCGAGCAAAUUGUCGGUCGAUAUGUUCUUUCCAAAGCAAAGUUCCACGGAAUACUUUUCUGCGUUGGAACUUUUGCUUUUCACCAACGCACUGAAAACAUAUCUUCAUAAUGGCGGAGAUGCUGAAAAGGCCUUGUUCGAGUUCCUCUCGCCUCAAUUCAAAAUGGAGUCUAAUAACGCUGCCACUAGAGUAGUGCUCUCCUUUGUAGAAUGA